GGGUGUUUCAAGUUUCAAGACGGAUCUAGUCAGCGGACGCUCCUUGGCGGGAUCUACAAUCCAGCACACGGCGGGGACGAGAAUACUUCGAGCGGAUCACCAACCGUGCUUCAACGUCGGAAAACUGACGGGCGCAGCUCCGAGAGGAACAUCUCGAACAGGUUCCGCAUCCAGUACCAUGAGUGCAUUUUCCUGGCUUCUGGUGAUCACAGCUGCGGCAAUUGGACCACUGUGGCAUGACAGACAUGUCGCGGGACAGGUGGACCCGACACUGCUUCGAUGGGUACAGUGGACCCACAAUGUGAACAACGCAGGGGCGCGCAUGAUGCCCGCUCCGCCGUCGUUGGACGACCUAUUGUACCAGGCACUCAAGGGUGGUCGACUGUGCGAGAUCAUCCCCGCCGAAGCGUGCGCCAAUGAGACUCGUCGAUUCUCGUCGGACCAGUGGCACGAUGCGUGGUGGAGUUGGCUCGAGUUCUACGAGGGCCGGGUCUCUUGCGUGGACAAGGGCAUCCGGCGAAAGGGUCACUGCAUCUUCGGUUCAUGGUCUGGGAGCAAUGCCAGCUGCUUCGUGCGUUUCUCCAAGAUCCGCACGAGUUACCGCUGGCGCGUGGCGGCCACAAACACGCGGCAUGGCGAACCACUAGCCGUCGUCGAAGCGGGAAAUGCGUCCGCCCCCGUGGAAGGCGCGCAGGCAACGCUGUAUAUAAGCAAGUAGUCUGGUGAGCAUUACGCCUCUCGUAAGAGAACAACCUUCAACGACCCUCAAGAGAAAGACGAAACAGUCUACAGUCGCGAAAACCUUCAUGUACUAGUGAACGUAGCGAAGCGAAAGCUACGGAAACAAAGCGCGCACAAGUAAGAGCGCUAUGAAAAAAUAGUCCCACAUUCUCAUCCUAUUUACAACAGCAACACAAGGCAAACUGUGUUACGGUGUGUUAAA